AGGAAAUUGAUAAAAAUGGAGUACAAUUCAACAUAUCUUCAACAAUCAGUGGCUUCUUUAAUUGUUUUACCUGUCAUUUAUAACUUUCUGUGCAUUUUAGGCCUUCUGGGAAACAUGUUCUCACAAUGGGUAUUUUUAAGAAAAAUUGCUAGGAAAACAUCAACACACAUCUACUUAAUAAAUCUUGUGACUGCAAAUUUGCUUGUAUGUAGUGCUAUGCCUUUUAUGAGUGUCUAUUUCAUGGAAGGAUUUAAGUGGACAUACAGUUCAGUAGAAUGCAAGGUAAUCAACUUCUUGGGUACUCUGUUUUUGCAUGUCAGCAUGUUUGUUAGUCUCACCAUUUUAAGUUGGAUUGCCAUAAGCCGUUAUGCUACCCUCAUGAAAAAGGACCUUGCCCAGGAAGAGCAUGCAUCAUUCUAUGAAAAAAUAUUUUAUGGACACAUACUAAAAAAAUUCUGCCAGCCUAAAUUUGCCAAAAAGCUGUGCUGUUUUAUAUGGGGGACUGUACUGGCCACAGUAAUUCCAAUUACUGUUUAUUACUCUGUUGUGGAACUUAAUCAAGGAAGUAAGAAAAUGUGCUACAGUAAAGAGUCAGAAUGUGGUACUAGCAUUUCUCAGAACGCAAGACUUUUUGGAACUGCAUUUGUUGGUUUUUGUUUCCUGGUGGUACUGUUGUCAUACUACUCUUUUGUCAGCUAUCUGAAAAAAAUAAGGAAAAGCACAACUAUUACAAAACAAUAUUCCAUUUACUAUUCAGUGAAAACACACCUUUUAGUCAUUCAAUUUCUACUGAUAGUUUGCUUUCUUCCAUAUAGUAUUUUUACACCCAUUUUUUAUGCCCUAAACAAAACAAAUGACAGCCAACAGCUGGUACAUUUAGUGGAAAUAAAAAAUUUCCUCAUCUGUCUUGCUGCUGCCAGAAGUAGCACAGAUCCUGUUAUAUUCCUUUUACUAGAUAAAACAUUUAAAAAGACACUAUAUAAUCUCUUUGGAAAGGCCAAUUCAGCACCUGAAAACAGUGUACCUUAG